AUUUGUAACUUAUUUUUAUUUUUAUUUGUAUUUAAACUCGAAACCAAAAAACAUUUAGUGAGUGAGUGAUAAGAUAACUUUAAGAACGAUUCUUUUGUUAUAUUCAAACAAAUUGUGUGUUAUAUUAAAACAUUGUUACACAAUAUUGAUUAAUUAAUAUUCUCAACAUAAUCACAAAAUGAGUGCGUCAGAUUCUAAAGCGAUAUCCAUUGGCUUGGAACCGUCAGGAGUCCUUAAAGCUGAAGCAACAAAUUUUCCCAAUGAUAUUUUUUAUAACAUGAAUUUCGAGAAACGUGGUAUAGCUUUAAUAUUCAAUCAUGAAACAUUUGGAGUACCUGCGGAUGAAAGACCUGCAUCAAGAUAUGAUCGUGAUGCAUUGGCCUGCAGAUUAGCUGAAUUAGGAUUCGACGUAGACGUGAAUGAUGAUUACCGCGUCAAGGAUAUCCAAGAUAAGCUUGGUGAAGUUGCGUUUGAUGUAGAUCAUUCAAAUCAUGACUGUUUAGUAGUAGCUAUAUUUACUCAUGGAACUGGUCCUGGAACUUUACUUGCCUACGACGGUGAAUAUAGAUUUGAAGAUGUGUGGACAAAUUUUACUCCUGAUAUAUGUCCAUCAUUAGCGGGUAAACCCAAAAUUUUCAUUACUCAAGCUUGUCGAGGUGAAAAAGUCCAAAAUGCGGUUGAAAUGGUACAAUAUGAGCACGAUGGGAACUCUGUUUUGUAUACCAUUCCCACUCAUGCUGAUUUCUUAUUCGCCCAUUCGACAAUUCCUGAUUAUCUUUCUUUUAAAAGAGGAAAUGGAUCAUGGUACAUUCAAUCAUUGUGUAAGGAGCUACUAUUAAAUGGGAAGACUUAUGACUUUGUUAAGUUAUUGACAUUUGUUUCAAGACGUGUUGCAAUAGAAUUUGAAAGUUCGUGCAAUACACCGGAAUUAGAUGGAAAGAGGCAAAUACCCUGCUUUACAUCAAUGCUAACUCGUCUCAUUAAAUUUUCAGAUAAAAAACGCUUGAAGUAUGUCUAUUCUUGUAAAUGAAUUUAUAAAGUAAUAAAAAA